GCUAGCAUUUGUGGGAACUUAUUACUACCCGACAUUUAACUAGCGCCGCGCGGAGUCAGAGCGAGAGCGAAAAAGGCAGAGAGAGAGAGAGAGACAAGAAGGAUGUUCUUCCACAUAGUGUUGGAGCGAAACAUGCAAUUACAUCCUCGAUUCUUUGGUCGCAACCUUCGUGAAAAUCUCGUCUCUAAGCUCAUGAAAGAUGUCGAGGGCACUUGCAGUGGGCGACAUGGGUUUGUAGUGGCGAUAACAGGAAUAGAAAGCGUAGGGAAAGGAUUGAUCCGAGAUGGGACUGCCUUCGUCACCUUCCCCGUUAAGUACCAGUGCGUUGUUUUCAGACCUUUCAAAGGCGAGAUUUUGGAAGCUGUUGUCACUUUGGUCAAUAAGAUGGGUUUCUUCGCUGAAGCUGGCCCUGUUCAGAUUUUUGUGUCCAAGCAUUUGAUUCCAGAUGAUAUGGAGUUUCAGGCUGGAGACAUGCCUAACUACACGACAUCUGAUGGAUCAGUUAAGAUCCAGAAAGAAUGUGAAGUAAGGCUAAAGAUUAUUGGAACAAGAGUCGAUGCCACUGAAAUCUUUUGUGUGGGUACCAUCAAAGACGAUUUUUUGGGAGUCAUCAACGACCCUGCAGCCGCUGCAUAAGCAACGGUUCCAGGCCGACUUCGCUUUUGGUCCAGAAGAUGCCAUGUGAUAAAAAGAUGUAACAUAGACCAUCUACAAGUUGAAGUUUAUGGAUAUGUUUAAUGUUUAAUUUUGAUUCGAGUGUAGUAGACGACUCUGUUCCUCUAUAGUUUUCAAGAAUGUAUCCUCUUUAGCAAAAAGCUAAGACAUGUACCUCCAUGAGAAGCUUUUGCCUACUACUCUCCAGUCAUUCAAGUACAACGGCCAUAUUUUUGCAACUGCUU